UCCUCGGAUGCCACCUCUCUCUGCAAGCUCACCACACGACCAUGCCAAUAUAAACAAGAAGGAAGAAAUUCGCAACAAAUUUAUAUUCAUCGACUUUGGCAUCACAAGUAGAGUAGCAGAUCAAAACGCAACGCGUCUCGAAUCAAAUCCAUCUUCUUUUUUGGUCUCUUCUUCUUCUUCUUCUUCUUCCCCUCGCAUACGUGCGCAAUACAUAGUGCAUUCCAUUUUAUUGCAGCAGCAGCAGCUAAUCUCGCCGGAAGAAAAACCAAAGCCGGAGGCGAUGAGGGAGCUGUCGUGCUUCGGCGACAGCUCGGUCGGCAUCGCCGCCGCCGCGGCCGGUGACUCCGGCGGCGGCGGCGGCGGCGCGCUGGAUCGCUCGCUGCAGGCGGCGACCACGACGGUGUACGGUGCGUCGCUGCACUCCGGGAAGGAGCUCCUCAUCCGGGUCACGUGGACGCGGAGCGCCGCCGGAGCCACCGGCCUCGCCGUCGCCUUCGACGACGCGCUCUCGCCGUCGUCGAGGUGCGCCCACCACGUGCUGCACAAGAAGCGCGGGAGCCGGUCCCUCGCCACCGCCGCCGGCACGGCCGUGGGCGUCCACUGGGACACCGCCGAGGCCACGUACGCGUCGGGUUCGUCCCCCGAGCCCACCGGCGACUACUACCUCGCCGUCGUCGCCGACGCCGAGCUCGCGCUGCUCCUCGGCGAGGGCGGCGCGGCGCGGGACCUCUCCCGCCGGUUCGGCGACGACGGCGGUGGCGCCGUCGUCCUCAGCCGGCGAGAGCAGCUGCGCGGCGCGGCGACGGCGCACACCACGCGGUGCAGGUUCCGGGAGGGCGGGGCGGAGCACGAGGUGGCGGUGCACGCGACCCGCGGCGGCGGCGGCGGCGGUGAGGGGGAGGUGCGGGUCAGCAUCGACGGGAAGAGGGUGGCUGAGGUGAGGAGGGUGGGGUGGGGGUUCCGCGGCAACCGCGCCGCCGUGCUCGCCGACGGCGAGGUGGUGGACGUGAUGUGGGACGUGCACGACUGGUGGUUCGGCCGUGGCGGCGGCGGCGGCGGAGCUGGAGCUGGCGCGCAGUUCAUGGUGAGGGCGAGGGCGGAGAAGGAGGGGAGGCUGUGGAUGGCCGACCAGCCGCCGGCGAGGGGUGGCUUCUUCCUGCACGUGCAAUGCUACCGCCGGUGA